AUGACUCAUAUGAGAACUCAUCGCGCAAACGUUAGAAUCGGAAACUGGAUUGAAGACCUGCGCUUAGAAGAGGAUGCAAUGAAAGAGUACCUGGAGAAAAAAGAGAGUGGCGAGCUUACUGCCCAAAAAGUAGACUUCCUCAAACAGAACAUUUUGAGACCGGUGAAUCUCACGGUGUCAAACGAUGGAAAAUUGCAUUUUGGGGAUGUUGUGAUGUUAGUGAACAUGGGAGGAGAAAACAGGGAGUGCAGUGCAGUCAGCAUUAACGCUGACAUUAACAGUUUGACGAAGACUCCUUCGCCCGGCAUUCCAGCCCCAUGCGGGAUCAGUGCAGGGAGAGUUAUUCAGCCCUGCACACGCACUGCCUUCAUCAUUACCAGUGUAGAUGGCAGUCCUGAAGGAUCAACUCUGCAUUUUGAACAAAGUUUUGCCCUGAAAACAACCAGUGGCUUUGCCAGGGGACUUUACUUGACGAGUGACCUGCAAAGUUUUCAAAAGUGUGCAAAAAAGUCCCGCCUACAAGAAGUGAACUUGGAUGGUGACAGUUCUUUUCUGUCAUGGUGGAAGAUAGUGCACUUUGACCCCCAGGAGAGGCUUGAAUAUGAGGAUCAGCCAGUCCCUGCCAAUGUGAAGGUGCUGAUCAUACACUGCAAGACAAACCAGGCUCUCGCUGCUCUUGGUGAUCACGUCCUUUGGACCACAUAUGGCAAAGAGUAUGAGGUGACAUCACAUACCUUCUUGGACUCCCAUAAAGCUGAACAAGACAAGAACCAUUGGAUACUGUGCACCUCUGACCCUGCAGGAAGUGGGCUUGUACUUCUCAACCACCCACAGUCAGCAGCUAACGACAAGGAGCUCACGCAGGCAAACCCUGGCAUCUAAAUCUAACACAAUCCAUCAUCAUAACUCUGUAAUGUGUUCAAAUAGUACAUGUUGAUAACACAGCAUUAACAACACCUAAACUUUUAUUAAAUUAAGUUUGUGUUUUAUUCUGUUUGGGUCACUGAGUUUUUCUCCUUGUGCAAAGAGAGUCUAGGCUGGCCUCCAACCUGGAAUGUUAAGGUUAUAUGAUACACAUUAACUAGCCAAGCCACCAGGAGGUUCUGUGGAAAGAAGCAUUUGAUAUCUUUCUUCAAACAAAGGAGGGGUAAACUUGGGGUUCACUGUUUUACUUUGCAAGAUUUGAACAAUUUCCCAUGCAUUUGGAAUUUCCUCUGAAAGAAAUUUUAAAUGAGAUAUUGAUGAGAUCAGGGAAUGAAGAAUAGCCUUUGUCAUGAAAGGGUCAUUGAAUUUAAGAAAAAUUGAUCUAAGCAGUGCGCACCACUGAACACUGAAACACUGAAAAUGAUGAAAAGUUUAAGGCUCGUUUUAUUGUCUUCUAAUGAGGAAAGAGGUCGGAUCAUUUAUGACAUUUCAGCUGCAUGCUUCUUAUACCAUUCAUGACAAUUUAGGUAAAAUGACAGGGCACAUGAUCUUGUGUAAGGUA